CUAAUUGAAAAGCUCCAGAGAUUGAUAAGGGACAAUGACGAUUAGUGUUCACUGGCCAGCACUUGCCGGGAUCAUUCACCCGAAUAUUGGGGGAUGGGCUGGAGCUGUCAUCACGAGGAGAAACCUCAAUCCUUGGUAUGAGUCCCUGAAGAAGCCAUCGUGGACACCUCCAAAAUGGGCCUUUGGACCCGCCUGGACUUCGAUCUACUGCUCUGUAGGAUAUGCCUCGUACAUGGUUUACCGUGACGGUGGUGGUUUCGAGGGUGCAUCCCUUCCAUUGUCGAUUUAUGGGGCUAAUCUUGCUCUCAAUUGGGCCUGGACACCGAUUUUCUUCGGUUGUCACAACAUCAAAAUUGCCCUCUACGAGAUUGCGGUUCUUUGGGGAUCGACAGUGGCUCUGGCAGUGGCAUUUUACCACGUGAAUCCAGUCGCCGGUUACCUCGUUCUCCCUUAUAUCGCCUGGAACAGCUUGGCAACAGCAUUAAACUACGUGAUCUAUCGUGAUAACAAAGAGACACCAGCAAUUGAAGAUAAAAAAAAUUAAAAAUAAUUCAAGCGCCUUAAAAAUGCUUCUCAACUUUGUUUCACUUCACACAUUCCAAUUUUAUAACGAUCAUGAUGAUUGAGAAUAUCUGUUAGACAUAUUUUCAGCACAAUUUUAACAGCCAAUAUUCGUAGUAUACACAUGUUUAUUACUUUAUAUGAAAUAAAGAUUGAUAAAUCACGAUUACAUUA